CUAUUCACCUCUAACUGGUUCAGACUAUUCACCUCUAACUGGUUCAGACCAUUCACCUCUAACUGGUUCAGACUAUUCACCUCUAACUGGUUCAGACUAUUCACCUCUAACUGGUUCAGACCAUUCACCUCUAACUGGUUCAGACUAUUCACCUCUAACUGGUUCAGACUAUUCACCUCUAACUGGUUCAGACCAUUCACCUCUAACUGGUUCAGACUAUUCACCUCUAACUGGUUCAGACUAUUCACCUCUAACUGGUUCAGACUAUUCACCUCUAACUGGUUCAGACUAUUCACCUCAAACUGGUUCAGACUAUUCACCUCUAACUGGUUCAGACUAUUCACCUCGAACUGGUUCAGACUAUUCACCUCUAACUGGUUCAGACUAUUCACCUCUAACUGGUCAGACUAUUCACCUCUAACUGGUUCAGACUAUUCACCUCUAACUGGUUCAGACUAUUCACCUCUAACUGGUUCAGACUAUUCACCUCUAACUGGUCAGACUAUUCACCUCUAACUGGUUCAGACUAUUCACCUCUAACUGGUCAGACUAUUCACCUCAAACUGGUUCAGACUAUUCACCUCUAACUGGUUCAGACUAUUCACCUCGAACUGGUUCAGACUAUUCACCUCGAACUGGUUCAGACUAUUCACCUCUAACUGGUUCAGACUAUUCACCUCGAACUGGUUCAGACUAUUCACCUCUAACCGGUUCAGACUAUUCACCUCUAACUGGUUCAGACUAUUCACCUCUAACUGGUCAGACUAUUCACCUCUAACUGGUUCAGACUAUUCACCUCUAACUGGUUCAGACUAUUCACCUCUAACUGGUUCAGACUAUUCACCUCUAACUGGUUCAGACUAUUCACCUCUAACUGGUUCAGACUAUUCACCUCUAACUGGUUCAGACUAUUCACCUCUAACUGGUUCAGACUAUUCACCUCUAACUGGUUCAGACUAUUCACCUCGAACUGGUUCAGACUAUUCACCUCUAACUGGUUCAGACUAUUCACCUCUAACUGGUUCAGACUAUUCACCUCGAACUGGUUCAGACUAUUCACCUCUAACUGGUUCAGACUAUUCACCUCUAACUGGUCAGACUAUUCACCUCUAACUGGUUCAGACUAUUCACCUCUAACUGGUUCAGACUAUUCACCUCUAACUGGUCAGACUAUUCACCUCGAACUGGUUCAGACUAUUCACCUCGAACUGGUUCAGACUAUUCACCUCGAACUGGUUCAGACCAUUCACCUCGAACUGGUUCAGGCUAUUCACCUCGAACUGGUUCAGACUGUUCACCUCUAACUGGUUUGGACCAUCCACCAUUCUCUAACUGGUUCAGACUAUUCACCGUUCUCUAACUGGUUUGGAGCAUUCCUGAGGUCUCUAACUGGUUCAGACCAUUCAUCGUUCUCUAACUGGUUCAGACCAUUCCUGGGGUCUCUAACUGGUUCAGACCAUUCAUCGUUCUCUAACUGGUUCAGACCAUUCAUGAGUUCUCUAAUUGGUUUGGACCAUUCAUGAGGUCUCUAACUGGUUCAGACCAUUCAUUGUUCUCUAACUGGUUCAGACCAUUCAUAAGGUCUCUAACUGGUUCAGACCAUUCAUCGUUCUCUAACUGGUUCAGACCAUUCAUGAGUUCUCUAACUGGUUUGGACCAUUCAUGAGGUCUCUAACUGGUUCAGACCAUUCAUCGUUCUCUAACUGGUUCAGACCAUUCAUGAGUUCUCUAACUGGUUUGGACCAUUCAUGAGGUCUCUAACUGGUUCAGACCAUUCAUCGUUCUCUAACUGGUUCAGACCAUUCAUGAGGUCUCUAACUGGUUCAGACCAUUCAUCAUUCUCUAACUGGUUCAGACCAUUCACCGUUCUC